AUGCCGACGACGACGACGACGCGCGCGCGCUCCGUCGUCGCGCCGCGCCGCGCGAUCGCGCGCGUCGCGCUCGUCCUCCUCCUGACGUUCCUCCUCGCGCCGAUCGCGGCGGUCGCCGCGGCGAAGAAACCCCCGCCCGCGCGCGGCGUCAAGUCCGACGUCAAGUACGUCAAGUGCGCGGUCUGCCAAGAGGUCGCGAAGACGCUCCACCGCGUCGCGGCGAAAGUCCGCGAGGACAAAGGAAAGAAGCUGACCGAGGCGGACGUCCUCGAGAAGGUGGAGAAGGUGUGCGAUCCCGACGCGGAGGAGGGCGAGUGGCUCAUAACCCACGACCUCGUCGAACGCGGGAAACGCCUGGACAUGAAACACAUGGGCGGCAAGUUCGGCGAGUGCGGCGCGGAGUGCAAGACGAUGCAGAUGGCGUGCGAGCGCAUCGUGAGCGACCGCGACACGGACGUCGCGGAGAUGCUCUUCACCGACGGCGCGAGCCUGGCGCGCGCGGGUAUCCAAGCCAAGCUGUGCAACGACGCGAACGAAAAAGCGUACUCCGCGUGCCGUAAGCCCGCGCCCGCGCUGCCCAAGACGCGACCGAAGGGCCCCGCGUUUAAGGAGAAGGACAAGAAGGACGUCGAGAUGGCGCGCCUCAUGAAGUCCAUGAAGGGCAUGGGCAUGGGCGGCAUGGAGAUGUUCUCGCGCGAUAACAUGCCCGGGAUGGGCGGCGGCGACGACGACGACGACGGCCUCGGCGACGACCCCGCGGACGCGCUCGGAGGGUAUCCGGGGAUGAGCGAUCUCGCGAGCGGCGACGGCGGCGCCGGCGCGCCCGCGGGCGAGGAAGGCGAGGGGGGAGUGAGCGGCGCGUGGGGGCGGAUGAAAGCCAGCGCGGGCGACGCGGCGGCGGCGGCGAAGCGAGCGUGGCGCGGAUUGUUCCCCGCGAAGAAGGACGCAUCCGCAUCCGCCGCGUCGGAUUCGGACGGCGCGACGGGCGACGACUCCGAGGGCGAGCUGUGA